AUGUUUACUCUUACCGAGGUAGCCGCCCUGAAUGACAUCCAGCCAACCUAUCGGAUCCUGAAACCAUGGUGGGACGUCUUUAUGGACUACCUGGGCGUCGUCAUGCUGAUGCUGGCCAUAUUUUCUGGAACUAUGCAGUUAACCAAAGACCAGGUGGUUUGCCUUCCUAUCCUGGAACCAGCUUCAGUGGACCCCAGCGGCUUCACAACACCGCAGCCAGCGGAGGGGUCUGGUUCUGGGUCAGGGAACGGAGGAAGUAGGGUGACGCUAGCCGCCGCUCCUCUAGUGACUAAGGAUCUACCGGAUAGUGUUGUUCAUCAGAUUCACUUUACACAUUCUGGUGGUGUUGGACAGCAGCCUCUGCCAACAGGCGUCAGGACAAACCUGGACUUUCAGCAGUAUGUUUUUGUAAAUCAGAUGUGCUAUCAUGUCGCCCUGCCGUGGUAUUCUAAAUACUUCCCAUACCUUGCUCUUAUACACACCAUCGUCCUCAUGGUCAGCAGUAACUUCUGGUUCAAAUAUCCAAAGACUUGUUCGAAAAUAGAGCAUUUUGUGGGGAUUCUGGGGAAGUGUUUUGAGUCUCCUUGGACGACCAAGGCAUUAUCUGAGACGGCAUGUGAGGACUCAGAGGAGAAUAAGCAAAGGCUCACUGGUGCCCCUUUCCUGCCAAAACAUUUCUCAACCAGCAGUGAAGAGGGAAGUCCUAACCAGUCCAACCCGAUGCUGGCUAAGUCUGAGGUCAAGUUCACUGCUGAUAAGCCUGUCAUUGAAGUCCCAUGCAUGACCAUACUAGACAAUAAAGAUGGAGAGCAGGCCAAGGCCCUAUUUGAAAAGGUUAGGAAGUUCCGUACCCACGUGGAAGACAGUGAUUUGAUCUACAAGCUCUACGUUGCCCAAACAGUGAUCAAAACUGUGAAGUUCAUUUUGAUCUUGUGUUACACAAUGACGUUUGUUGCUGCCAUUGACUUUGACCAUGUGUGUGAGCCUGACAUAAAACAUUUAACUGGAUACACUAAAUUCCAAUGCACACAUAACAUGGCAUUCAUGUUAAGGAAGCUGCUUGUCAGCUAUAUUUCCCUCGUCUGUAUAUACGGCCUCAUCUGUAUAUACACUCUCUUCUGGCUCUUUCGACGACCUCUCAAGGAGUACUCUUUCGAGAAAGUCAGAGAGGAGAGUAGCUUCAGUGACAUUCCUGACGUGAAGAACGACUUUGCGUUUCUCUUGCACAUGGUCGAUCAGUACGACCAGCUGUACUCUAAGCGUUUUGGUGUCUUCCUCUCUGAAGUCAGUGAGAACAAGCUGCGGGAGAUCAGCUUGAAUCACGAGUGGACAUUCGAGAAACUGAGACAGCAUGUAACCCGCAACGCUCAGGACAAACUGGAGCUCCAUCUCUUCAUGCUGUCAGGUUUGCCAGACGCUGUCUUUGACCUGACAGAUCUGGAGAUCCUGAAGCUGGAGCUGAUCCCAGAGGCCAGGAUAACAGCCAAGAUCUCCCAGAUGAUCAACAUUCAGGAGCUACACUUCUACCACUGUCCUGCCAAAGUCGAGCAGACCGCGUUCAGUUUCCUUCGUGACCACCUCCGGUGCCUUCAUGUCAAGUUUACGGAUGUAGCCGAGAUCCCCACUUGGGUGUACCUGUUGAAAAGUCUGAGGGAGCUGUACUUGGUCGGGAAUCUGAAUUCUGAAAACAACAAGAUGAUCGGCUUAGAAUCUCUCAGAGACAUGAGGCAUCUAAAGAUUCUGCAUCUAAAAAGCAAUUUGACGAAGGUCCCGACCAACAUAACAGAUCUCUCUCCACACCUGAUCAAGCUGGUGGUACACAAUGACGGUACUAAACUCCUGGUACUGAACAGUUUGAAGAAAAUGAUGAACCUAGCUGAACUAGAGCUUCACAACUGUGAACUGGAGAGGAUACCCCAUGCUAUUUUCAGUUUGACCAACCUGCAGGAGCUGGACCUGAAAUCCAACAACAUUCGCACCAUUGAGGAGGUCAUCAGCUUCCAGCACCUCAAGAGGCUGAUCUGCCUCAAACUGUGGCACAAUAAAAUCAUUACCAUUCCAUUGUCAAUAAGCCAUGUCAAAAACCUUGAGUCCCUCUACCUUUCGCACAAUAAACUUGAAUCUCUGCCCGUACCCUUGUUUAACCUGCUCAAGCUGAGGUAUCUGGACAUUAGCCACAACUCCAUAGUGGUAAUUCCGCUGGAGAUUGGUUUCAUGCAGAACCUCCAGCACUUUGCUAUUACAGGCAACAAGGUGGAGGUAGUACCCAAACAGCUGUUUAAGUGCACCAAACUGAGGACACUAUGUCUGGGACACAAUUGUAUCGCCGUCCUUCCAGAGAAGAUCAGCAAUCUGGUGCAGCUAACAAACCUGGAGCUGAAGGGAAACUGUCUGGACCGCCUGCCGCCCCAGCUAGGCCAGUGUCACCUCCUCCGCAGGAACUGCCUGGUGGUGGAGGACCACCUGUUUGACUCACUCCCUCUAGAGAUCAAGGAGAGUAUCAAUCAGGAAGCCAACGUGCCCUUUGCUAAUGGGGUGUGAGUGACUGUCACUUUACACAUACAGGAAUGGGAUUACAAAAAUGAGACAACUCUCCACAGUCAAUGUUUUUAAUUACAACAUGUGAACUGAAAGAAAGGUUUUUGCUCAGGGCUGACUCGUCAUGAAAGAACAGAUUAGGUUUUAAACGGGUAGAAAAUGGCACUGUGCUCACUCAUUAUGAAAGAAGAUCCCAGGUACUGUGGAAAAAGCCAUAAGUAUGGUCUAGUUCAAGAAUGGUAGGUUAGUUCCAGAGUUAUGGGCUGGUUCCAUAGUGAUGGUCUGGCUCAAGAGUGAUGAUCUGGUUCAAGCGUGAUGGUCUGGUUCCAGAUUGAUGGUCUGGUUCCAGAGUGAUUGGGUGGUUCCAGAGUGAAGGGAUGGAUCCAGAGUGAAGGGAUGGAUCCAGAGUGACGGGAUGGAUCCAGAAUGACGGGCUAGUUCCAGAAUAACGGACUAGUUCCAGAAUGAUGGACUGGGGUGUAAUCAUUAGUCCAAACGGUUGCAAAACAGAACAUUUUGCAACUAAAACUAGUGUUUCUAUUGGACGAUUCAGGUAGGUCCUUCCCCGUUUCAUUCCAUUUGCUUCUGUUUAAGAAAUGUUUUGCAACAGAAUUGGCGUAAUGACUACAUCCCUGGUUCCAGAAUGAGGGUCUGAUUCCAGAGUGACGGCUAGUUCUAGAAUGACGACCAUGUUUGUGUUAGACCACGAAAUUAUUAGUCAAUGUUCUGAGGAAAAUGGAUGCUCCUUUUAAUUAUGGAACAGAGAAUGGUGGUGUAGAAUUUAUAGAUGCGAGGGAUACAUGUUCUGAUGAGAUUUUAUGUUUGUUUUCUUUUGUUUUCUUCAUGUUUUAUAGCAACAUUUUAUGGAACGCCGUUUGGGUCUUUGUGUGUCAAAAAA